UUAUAUAUAUAUAUACAUUUCAUUGCGUCACAUUAAACGUUGAAACGACAGCUUCAUCUGCUAUUUAUAUGGCUACAAGUUACUUUCAUUUCAUUCAACUUUGAACCUUAGCAUGGGAAGAAUUAUGGAGUCUGAAGCUGAGAAGCCUUUAUUGGCUGCUCAUGGGGCUAGCUCUGAGCUCGAGGAGGUGCUAUCCGAUUUCCAAUUACCUUACUUUCAACGACUUAGGUCCGCCUUUUGGAUCGAAUUCCAGUUACUGUUUCGACUUGCAGCACCUGCAGUGGCUGUGUACUUGAUCAAUAAUGCUAUGUCCAUGUCUACUCGAAUCUUUUCGGGUCAACUUGGGAACCUUCAGCUUGCUGCAGCCUCUCUUGGAAAUCAAGGCAUCCAAUUAUGUGCUUAUGGACUUAUGCUAGGAAUGGGAAGUGCAGUGGAAACUCUUUGUGGACAAGCAUAUGGAGCUAAUAGAUAUGAUAUGCUAGGAGUUUACCUACAAAGAUCAACAAUAGUACUUUCUAUAACAGGCAUCCCACUAGCUGUGGUAUAUAUAUUUUCCAAGAACAUACUGCUCGCGCUUGGUGAAUCGAAACUAGUUGCAUCAGAAGCAGCAGUAUUUGUGUAUGGUCUAAUCCCUCAAAUAUUCGCUUACGCGGUGAACUUCCCCAUACAGAAGUUCUUGCAAUCUCAGAGUAUUGUAGCACCUAGUGCCUAUAUUUCACUAGGGACUUUGUUUGCACACUUAUUGCUGAGUUGGAUUGCUGUAUACAAAAUUGGACUGGGAUUGAUAGGGGCAUCACUGGUGCUGAGUCUUUCUUGGUGGAUUAUUGUGUCAGCUCAGUUUAUAUACAUAUUGAGAAGUGAAAGGUGUAAGAAUACUUGGACAGGUUUUCGAUGGGAGGCCUUUAGAGGAUUAUGGGAAUUUGUGAAGUUAUCGGCUGCUUCAGCUGUUAUGUUGUGUUUGGAGACAUGGUAUUUUCAAAUUCUAGUGUUGCUUUCAGGUUUACUCAAGCAUCCUGAGCUUGCAUUGGAUUCUAUCUCAGUUUGCAUGGCAGUGAAUGGGCUGAUGUUCAUGGUUUCAGUGGGAUUCAAUGCUGCUGCUAGUGUGAGAGUGAGCAAUGAGCUAGGAGCAGCACAUCCAAAGUCAGCAGCAUUCUCAGUGUUUGUGGUGACGUUAAUUUCAUUUCUCAUAGCUGUGGUGGAAGCUAUAGUUGUGCUAUGUUUGCGCAAUGUUAUCAGCUAUGCAUUCACUGAGGGUGAAAUUGUGGCCAAUGCAGUUUCUGAUUUGUGCCCUUUUUUAGCUGUCACACUUAUUCUUAAUGGCGUUCAACCAGUCUUGUCUGGUGUUGCUGUUGGUUGUGGAUGGCAGGCAUUUGUUGCAUACGUGAAUGUGGGGUGUUAUUAUGGUGUAGGAAUUCCAUUGGGAUGUCUUCUUGGCUUCAAAUAUGACCUUGGUGCUAAGGGUAUAUGGACUGGGAUGAUUGGAGGGACUGUCAUGCAAACCUUCAUUCUGAUUUGGUUCACAUUCCGUACAGAUUGGAACAAAGAGGUAGAGAAAGCUAAAGAACGUUUAGACAAAUGGGAGAAUGUAAAAGAACCUCUAAGCAAGAAAUGAAGGUGGCGAAGAAGUCAACAACAGUUCACAUAAGCGUAUCGACCAAAAGAGAAUUGAAAUCCGUUAUGAAAUAAUUUACUAUUUCUGAUUUUCGAGAAAACAGAUGAAAGUAAUUAUUCAAAUAUUAAGUGAUUUAAUAGUUUUCUACUUUAGCUGAUAUUCAAAAUAUUCGAUUCAAGUAAACAAAGAGAUAUGGUUGAAUUAAAAAGGAAAUGUAUCUAAACCAUUGUUUAAUUUGUAUCUGCACGUUUCUUGGUUGAUUGUGUU